AUGAGAGCAUACUGGUACGAUAACAAGCCGGGCGACCAGCGUGAGCCCCACGACUCCGGCAAUGCCGUCUCCGAGGACAAGCUCGCCUCCCUAGGCGUCCUCUACCACCACUGCCCAACCCUCGAAGCAGUCGACAAGCUCGCCGCAGAGCGGGGUUACAGGAACCGUGACCAAGUGUGCGUCUCGCCUGCAACUAUGGGCGAUGUGUACGAGGAGAAAGUCAAGAUGUUCUUUGCUGAGCACCUGCACGAAGACGAGGAGAUCCGAUACAUCCUCGACGGCGAGGGAUACUUCGAUGUGCGCGGUGUGGACGAUGAGUGGAUUCGCAUCUGCCUGGUUAAGGAUGAUAUGAUUAUUCUGCCUGCGGGUAUUUAUCAUCGGUUUACGACGAAUGAGCAGAACUAUGUUAAGGCAAUGCGUCUCUUCCAGGAUGAGCCUAAGUGGACGCCGCUGAACCGCGGUGCCGAGGUUGAUGUUAACCCUCACCGGAAGUCUUAUGUUGAUGCGGUGCUUAAGCCUGCUGCGGUGGCUUAG